GUCGUCCUCGCUUUUUGUUCCCCCGACAUUUUUCACGCAGACAAGUUUUCAUAGUCCGAUGAGUUCGACCACAACGCCGUCCAAGGCGAACAGGUCAUCCUCCGCCGCAACCGUGGCGUCGUCGCCGGCAGUCGCGCUGGCGUCGGGCUCGCCUGACGAGCGCGUUCAUCGCGUUGUGCGCGUCUGGCACAACGGACCGAACAACCCGCUCACGAUCGACUAUGACGCGAGCAUGCAGCUGCAGGCUGUCUUUGACCAAGCAUGUGUUCACGCUGGGUUUGCCAAGACGGCGAAGGCGGUUCUGCGGCCCCUCGACUCGAUUGUCGAUGCGAGUGAGCUGUCUGGCUUCUUGCGCAAGAGGCUCCGCGAGCUGCCUGGCAAUGAUGAGUUUGCGCUGCUUCGUCCCGGAGAAGCGCUGGAGCAGGUCACCAAGCAACGUCGCGUCGAGCCAAAGCUCACCCAGGAGCUGCUGCGCACGAUGGCAUCCAACUACCGUGCAGCAACCGCGUUGGCUGAUAUGAUGGACAACUCGAUUGAGGCCACGCUGGACAAUCCUGGCGAGCGUGUUAUUACAAUCACGCUCGACCGCGCCAAUCGAACCCUGGUUCUCGAGGACAAUGGCCGUGGCAUGAAUGCCAACAAUGUAUCCUCCAUGAUCACGCCGGGUAUCUCGGACAAUGUCGACCGAGCUGGAGGAGGCAGCAAGGGCGUCACGGACGAAGUCGUUCAGGUCAAGGGAGCGACUUCCCACAUGUCCCACUACGGCGUCGGCCUCAAGGCGUCCGUGACCCAUCUGGUCAAGCCGGAUGUUGGCUACGUCGAAGUGGUCACCAAGACCAUCGACAGCACCGUGUCGUCGAUUGUCCUCAAACGACCGUCGACAAGCAGCUCUGCAGACCCGGCCGCAAUGGAUACCAGCGAUGACUCAGACCCAACCGCUCGCGAGAAAGCGCGUGAGGCAGCGCUCAAACUGCGCGCCACCACGACAUCCGUUGUCAACGUCGACCACUCGUUCCGCGACCCCAGCAAGGACGAGAUCGGCAAGUCGUUCACUCGCAUUUGCGUCAACAACCUCACCGACGCAGCGCUGGCCUCGGAUUUUGGCCAAGAGGACGACCUCGCUGCGUUCAUUCGCAGCGUCUACCACCUCUAUCUGUUUGGACCCGAUGGAGCAGAGUUCAAUGUUGCGUCCGGCAAGCCGGUCAUCUUGACAGAUGUCGAACCCUCGACACAAAACAGCAAGGCUGCCGCGCACCGAAUUCCACUCUGGCGCAGCCUAGUCACCCCCGCCGCUGGUUCCUCCAAGCGACAGGGCUUGGGAGAGCAGAGCUUUAGUGUGAUGCUUCCAUUCAUGUCUGGCCGAACGGUCGCGAUGGAUCCGCGUGCUGCGUAUUCUUACGCCGACACUGUCGAUACCGUCAUCUCCGUUGGCCGUGAUUUGCAGGAGAUCAAAACUGUCGAGCUUGAUUUGCUCUCCAACUGCGCUGUUCGGACGGUUCAGAUCAACUUCACCAUCGAGAACUGGAAUGAUGACGGGCCAGUGCAAAUGUCCCAAAAGGAGAUUGACGACAUACUCGUAUCAUUCCAGACUGCAAUCCACUCACAAAGCAUGUGUUGGACCUCCGAGUCCAACGGCGACGGGGAUCUGUCGUCGGUGGAGCAGAUGCCUCCCGCCAGUCGCAUUCUUUCGCUUUCCGACAAGGUCGUGCGCGUGUCCCAGGAGACAGGAGACGCUCGAAUUUUCACCAUGCGAGUCUCCCUUGCCGACAGUGACGACACGGACUUUGUCAGUCGAUAUCUGCAGUUUGGAGGCAUUUUGCCAGCCAUCCGCAUCCGCAGUAUUCAAGUCACUGGGCGAUACAUGGGAUUCUCGAGACAGAUCGCCAACCCCAAGCCAGUGCGAAUUAUCUUCAACGGACGCGAUCUGCAGACCGAUAGCUCGUUGCAAAGCUCAGACAUCGUGUUGCAGAUGAUGAAGUCUGCUUGCGUCAUGCCCAAGUGCCCGACCCCGCUCCGUCUCGGUCUCCGGAUUGCACACGGUGGUCGCACGGGCUAUGCAGAUAUGUACUUUUUGUACUUUCCAUUCCGCGACAACACCGAGCAAGUGCCUGCAAUCCAAGACGAGCCCUGGUCGUCGCCCGUGGUUCGAGCGGGCAUGCGCUACUUUUGGCGCGGUCGUUGGCUGUUUAAAGAGGCCGCCUGCCCGCAGUGGUUGCAAGAAGCGACUUUGCGCAAGGUGCUGGUUGGCAAACGACGUGUACCGCAGCAAGCUCUUGGCCGGUGGGUCUGUCUGGUCUUCCUGUCUGGGGACUUUACGCCCGACUACACCAAGAGCACUCUGCGUCAGCAAGUCCCUUUGAACGACAUCUUGCUGCAACUCGGCGCUGCCAAUGCAGGAAAGGGCUCCCAGUAUGGCCUCGACGCUCGCCUUGGACCCGUGAGCGUCAAGCAGGUGACGUACUUGUCGCAAGAUAAUACCAAGCACACCGAGGAGCCUCUGGACCUUUCCACCAUGCAAAAGAAGGUUGCGACCUGGUUGAUCGACAUGAACUCGAGCGUCGACGACGAGGUUUUCUUUGAGCGAGAGCACUACACUGGCAGCGAUUUGAAGCGUAAUUUGCAUGUUUACCACACGGUGACGAUCUGUGCCAGCAAGUUCUCGGCCAAGGAUUUCGUGAACAUUGGCAAACCGAAAAAGCCAGAAUUUGUGCAAGUCGUCUCGUUUUCCCACAGCGGCGCGGACGAAGCAGACAUUAGCCAACCUCGGCUUCAUUACAACAAGGUGCUCAACUCGAGCGGAGACACGGACGCCAACCCCGAGGUCCAUCCACACGAGAAGCUGUUGACCGACAUCCUCACCAACAUCAAGGUGGUCACCUUGGCGGACCUGAAGCGCCUGGACGACAGCAUUGCAAACGCCCUGUUUGUUCGCUCGAUGGGAGACAGUGCUGAUGCGUGGGAGCACAUCUCAAAAGCCAAAGCGCCCGUCAUGGCCACCUCGUUCGAUGGGUAUUUGAAUGUUGGCGCGAUGAGCGUGACGAACAAGGAGCUGGGUCAGACCGAGGCCAUUCCUCAAGGCGUGUCGCUUAACAUUUUCUUCCAGUGUGGGAAUUGCGGCGCCUCCAAAGAGGGAUGCAGUGUUUGCGACAGCAUCCGGCUGAGCUCCACAAUGCAAGAGCAGCAUGUGUCUGACGCGCUCAAAGCAGCCUCCGCUAAAUUCAAACAGCUGCCCAAGGAUAGGAUUCGAAGCAUCUUUUCUGCCGAGUCCAAGAAAAAGUUCAAGAUUGACAACUUGGCCAUGCACAGUUUCAACACGAAGAAUCUUUUCAAGCUGCCUGGGCACUACUACGUCGUGGCGAUGCCGUACCAAAACAGCGAGAUCCUGUCGACUGUUCAGCCGUCUUUCACAAAGAUUGAGGUCGAAGGUGGGAUGCCGGCGAAGGCAGAGAUUGAGUUUGACAAGUUCGACCUGAAGAAGGGAUUGCCGAUUGGCUGCCCGCUCGAGCUGUCCGUCACACUGUUUGACGAGUAUGGCAAUCACACCACUCGUGGGGUGAAUACGCAAGCUCGCGCAACCCUCUCGCUUGCCGUUGUUCGCAAGGACUCGGCAACUGCCCCGCUCUUUGACUUGACUUUGUCUCAGCAGCCGCUCAAGUGCGUGGAUGGGAAACUUUCCGGCACCAUGACCAUCCAACCUUCGAGCGAGUGGCGCUCACGCAAGACCUUCCCCAAGCUGACAAUCCAGGGAACACUGGCUUUCGUGUCUCCAGACCAAUCGCAGCUGGUGAUUGAGCCCUUCACCGUGACGCCAGCUCCGGGCCUUCCUGCAUCUCUCCAAGCAACAUCAAAGACUAUCAGGCUGCUUGAGGAGGUGUACGACGUGAAUCAACCGUUCCCGUCUCGCUUGGAGUUCACUGUGUGUGACGCGUACGGCAACGAGGUGCGCCCCAGCGAAGGCGGGCACUUUCGUGCGAGAGCGACUGGCGACGACGUUGGUCUGUCAAAGCCGUUGAUCCUAAAGUCGGAUUCGGACGGUGUGUUGAGCAUUGACGAAGGCCAGCUCACGCUCAAGCAGGCGGACUCUGUUCUGUACAUCGAGCUGGCAGAUGUUGCGAACGCCGUCCCUUUGGAAGUGACGCUUCAUGGAUCCACUUUUCACAUUGCGCUGCUCAAUGACGGCGUUCCUGUGCAGAUGAUCAACGGAGCGGGAUUUAUCACCGCUCCUGUUGGCACAAUCCUGUCUGACCUGCAAUGCGUCCUGACCCGCAACGACGUUGCAGCCGAUUCGAAGCACGUUUACCCAAGUUGGGUUCGUAACUCUGGGUAUGUCACUAAUGCCGAUGGCAUUGCCUCGCUUCCGGCAAUCGAGUGUAGCAAAAUACUCCAAGAGCUACAGUUUGGACUGCAGCUGGCGCUGAAAGGCGAGUCGGUCUUCAGCUUUACGGUCAAGACGACUCCUGGUCCGGUAUCAAAACUCAGCGUCGGCGUCGUGAAGGGGUCUCCGCCAGUCUCGAGGGUGUCCAGCGCGCCAUGCAAUGUGUGCCGCAAAAAGCCAAACGAAAAGAAUCGUCUUGUGGCUUGCUCGGGAGAGUGCCCGAUUCACACCGCCAACUACCAUCCCAAAUGCGCUGGAAUCGAUGAGGCGAAUCAGAAUCUCGACAAUUUGUCAUGGCUGUGUCAGUCCUGCACUCAAAUUGCCAACAAGAGCGAGAUCUCAGUGUACCUGUCCGCGACAGAUGAGUUUGGUAAUGUAGUGACAGCUCCGCAAUGCAGCGAGCUGCACAUCCUCCCGGAGGCGCUUUCAUCGGAGGACUUUGACCCGAACUUGCCCGCCCAAACGAUUGCGCAAAGCGAAGCCGACGUCGCGCCAAUGUCUGUUGUCACUGCUGGUCCGAGUCGAGCCAAGAGCUCGUCCAAGCCGAGCCACGGUGUCGCGGAUGUUCCCGGCAACUCGGGCGCCAUUGCUGCCCAUGGCUUGACCGCCACGUAUGCCUUUUCGCAAGCAACAGCAAGCGGAACGGCGUGCCAACUGCUCAAGCUGCGAGUCUCUGCCGAGGGUGCCGAGCAAUCGUUCCGAUUGCGCGUGCGCGACCCCAAGCAUGGAAUUUUGACAUUCAUUCCAUUCCGACUUGUGGCGGGGGCUCCUGCAGGCUUCCGACUCGCAGACCAUGACAGCAAUCAACCGCUCGUCCUCGAGAACGGAUCGAGCCCCGCUUUGACGGUUCAUGUCGUGGACAGCAACGGCAUGGUUGUCUCGAGCGUUAGCGGCGGAGUUCGCGUUGCGUUUGUGAAAUGCCCGCCCAUCCUGAAGCGCAGCGUGGAAGUCGAUAUUGCUCACGGCGUGGGGCUGUUUGCAAUGCAGCAGUUGCCAGUCUUGGCCGCCAUUCCGGAGCAACAGUUUAUUCUCGAACUCGUCGGAGCGAAGGGCUUGGCCAAUCUGCCGAAAACGACGAUUCCGUGCCAGCUCGUCGGCCGUCUGCAGAUGCCCACGAAAGUGACGAUUCACAAUGUUGAAACUACCCCUCUCCAGCACUCUGGAACCGGCCCGUUCUUUGACAUUCGGCCGUUCUCUUGCGCCGUCGAGACCGAGCGCCAAGACGAUCUGUCGGACGAUUGGGUCGUCACAGUGACUGUCCACAAGUUCCAAGGCGCGUCUCAGCCAGUGGUCAUGACCGGGACCAAGGGCCAAUCCCAGCGCAACACUUUCGAAUUCCCAUCGACAAGAAUCUCGACAACAGAGGCCGGCGGCUACAUUCUCCAAGCCAAGCUCGUCAAUCAAAGCACAGGCCAUGAGGCGGUCUUGAGCGGCAAACCGGCGGGUGUGCAAGUCGCCGCUGGCGCUCCCCAUUCUCUCCGUCUGCUCUCCUCUCCGUCAGAGUCCGUUCAUGGUGGCUCGACCCUCGACGUGGUUCGCGUGUCCGUUCUGGACAAGUCUGGCAAUGUGUGUGGUGCCAAACCAACCUCCGACUUUUUGAGCUCGGUCGAGCUCAAGAGCGACCAAAGCAGCCAGUCUCGGUUGACUGCUGCGAUUGCCAUCUCGCCGGUCGCCAGCGGUCGAGUCGACCUUGCUCCCGGAUCCAUUCUUCAAGCGCAAGUGGUCGGUGGCGUGGCACAAUUCCAGAAAAUUGAUGUGAUCGACGGCCCGGACGGCUCUCUGUCCGUCGCUGUUCGGCUGUUGGAUUCUCGCGUCGAUCCCGUGACGUUUGUUGUUCCCUUUAUGAGUGCCGCGUCUUGGAGUCAAAUGUCGAGCGAGCAACAGCGCGUGUCGAUGGAAGCAGCCCAGUUGAGUGAGCAACAAAAUCAAAUCAAGAUGAGGCUUCAAGCGUUGAAUGAAGAGUACGGACUGAAGCGGCAGCGCGCUGAGAGAGCCGAGAAAGAGUUUAUCGCGGCGCAGCAGACCGUGGUUCGGCUCACCUCACGUCUUGCAGCACCCGGCGCCGACGGAGAUCAUGGCGCCCAGCUUCAAGCGUUGUUGAAGCGUGGUAGCACCGACCGCUCGUUCGCUCCGGGCCCAAAACCACGCGACUACCCGUCGGCCAUGCGUCGUGUCAUCGACUGUGGCCGAAUUGAAGACAGUCAGAUUGCAGCAGUCAUCGAGACUCUGCUGGGAUCUAGCAUGCGCAUGGGAGUGAUCGAUGUUCCCAUGGGCUCGCCCGAGUUUGUACGCUUGACCAACGCCAAUGCUGGUGACCGCGUUCUCAACCUCCAGAACCCUCGAACGGCCAAUUCAUUCUUCCGUCAGGGUGUCAACAAUGACAGCCAACGCACCUUGAAGCUUCCUCGACCCGCUCACGCUGCUGGAUUCAUCGACUUUGCAGUCAACAUGAUUUUCUUGGAGAGGGAGACUGUCUCCGAGCGAGCCACGGUUUGGUACUUUUUGCUCCGUGACGCGAUGAUUUUUGAAACGCAAAAGCAUCUGCGAGACUUUGCAGAGCAAAUCCGGUCGACCGACAAAAUGCCGAACUUGAUCGCGCUUGACGGUUACCUCAUGCGUGGCGAUGGCACAACUCAGAAGAUGAAAGUUCCCAAACGAUCUCAAUUUGCAGCCGUCGAAGACGCCAAGCGGUUGGCCGUCGAUGCACAGGGGUCACACACGCUCGAUCCACUGCUCCGUACUCUCUUGCAAGGACACAUCCAGUCUCAGUACGAUAACAAGAAAGUGGCUGAGGCUCAAGAGGUGCUGAUUGUCAAGUCCAAUGAGCGGAACGAAGCGACGAUGGCUGCCAAAGCGUUGAUUGAGCAGCACCAACAGCUGAAGGGAGAACUCGAGGGAAUUGAAGCUCGGCUGCAGCAGCUGAGUGUGCACCGCAGUCAGCUGCUUGGAACGCACGCUCCACCCGCCAAGCGUACUCACGAGGACGAGGAUGACUCUGCCACCACUCGUCGAGUCAAGUCGCGCAGCGCAUGAGUGUGUAUUCGUGUAUGUGUGUCUUUGUCUUUGCUUGUGUUUGUGUUUGUGUUUGUGUGCAUGUGUGUGUGUGGGUGUGGUGCGUCUACCAAUAGUGCCAUUCGACUUCAACUUGCACAAUAGCUCUGCAUCACCUGUUCGACGUAUCCGCUGUUUCCAUAACAUGUUUG